AUGCCAGAAGUGGAGGAUGAUGAAAAUAUUGUGUUAAAGGAAAAGGGAACUCAUAGUUCACAGGAUGAUCAUAGAGAAAAGAAGGGCAACUCAACCUCAAUUCCAAUUCAGGAUCUUAGUUCUCCCCUUGAUAGGAGGUUUGUUCCUAAAGCUCCAUUCCCUCAAAGUUUAAUCAGUCCUCAGAAAAGUGCACAAUUUGGAGAUAUUUUAGAGGUUUUUAAGCAAGUGCAAAUUAAUAUUCCAUUUCUUGAUGCAAUUCAGCAAGUUCCUGCUUAUGCUAAGUUUCUAAAAGAUCUUGUGACAAUGAAGAGAAAGACAAAUGUCCCUAAAAAGGCAUUUUUGACAGAGAUUGGGGAUCAUCUCAUUGAGCGAGCUUUGCUAGAUUUGGGGGCAAGUGUGAACCUAAUGCCAUAUUCAGUAUACUUACAGCUAGGUUUGGGGGAGUUGAAACCCACAACCAUGACACUUCAAUUAGCUAAUAGGUAUGUGAAAAUCCCUAGAGGUAUUGUUGAGGAUGCGCUGAUUAAGGUGGAUGCAUUCUAUUUUCCUGUUGAUUUUGUUGUGUUAGACACUGAGCCUACUCUAAAUGCCAGUACACAAAUCCAUGUCAUUUUGGGUCACCCUUUCUUAGCCACAUCCAAUGCUUUAAUCAAUUGUUGGAGUGGUGUAAUGAAGAUUUCAUUUGGAAAUAUGACUGUUGAGCUUAAUAUCUUCCAUAUAAGUAAACAAGUGCUAGACAAUGAGGAUAUCUAUGAGGUUGACAUGAUUGAGAGUCUAGUCCAUGAUACUUUCCUACAAUCGAGUUAUGAGGAUCCUCUAGAGGCUUGCUUAAAUCUUUUUGGUUGCAAUUUUGAUGUUGAACACUCAAUUGAAGAGGUCAAUGCAUUGUUAGAUUCUGUUCCUCUCUUAAGUACUGAUAGUUGGCAACCAAAAGUGAUCCCUCUUCCACUUUCUUCAUCCCCAUCCCCAUCUGCUAUGGAACCACCAAAGUUGGAGUUGAAACCAUUACCUGACACACUUAAGUAUGCCUUUUUAGGUUCUUCUAGACCUUACCUGUCAUUAUAG